AUGCCGCCACGUAUAACCCGCCUGAGAUGGCCACAACUCUUCCCGCCACAUGAGCCACUACCCUUCCUCUACCCACGCUGGUACUCGAUUCAAUCUGCCACCGUCGAGACUUCCGCUCCUGGUCUGCAACAUGUUCUCGGACCCGAACAACCGCUUCCGCAGGAGUCGAAUGAGCCGAAAAGCACGAGGCAUCAGACGAAAAAACAAGAUGCAGUCUUAGAGUCUCACGACGAAGGCAUUGCCAGACGCGUUCCCCAAGUAAUCAAGCGAAAAGCCCAAAUCCGGAAAUUGCAAGAAACGAAACGAAGGGAGAUGCGCGAAAAGGGCUUUUACGCAAAUGACUGGCGGACACCCUUGAUGCUGCUACGCAAACACACACCAGAAGGCGAGGAACAUCAUGUCAAACAUCUGGCUCGACUGGAGAUGCCCAAGGGGAUGAGAGGCUUCUAUCCUGGCGAGUUACCCAAUCUCUUUCUGGACAUCUACCUGCACACCGGAUGCCAUGUCCAGAUAUCGCGCAGUGACGGACAUGCAGAUGACAAGUUCUCGGCCCUGGACGUCUCCGGCACUCUGGCAAGCAUUCAGAGGGCAAAGAAGAUCCUGAACGAAGCCGUGCGGCUCGAGAGCGAUACAGAUGCCGAGGCCAAAGGCAGCAUGGGCAGCUAUGCAACCACCACUACCUCUAUACCCGUCAGGAAGGCAAUGCCUCGCUCGGUCUGGAGCAUGCGUCAUAAGCCGAAGGAGCUGUCUGAUGUGAUUGUGCCCUCCCAGUGGUCUUUCAAGGCCUUCGCUGCUCAUGUCGAUCAUUUGGUCCUCUCGACGCCUCCUCGCUUGCAAAUACGAAAACAGGGUGCUUCAAGACCAAAGUCGCAUGUCGAGACCGUGACAGAACGAAUCGUAGCCCUUUACACAAGCAAGGACACUGUCCGCUGGGCUUCCAUGCACGCCACAGUUCAGACACUUCAAUACCUGUCCCAGCAUCGCAAAGUCCCAGAAGUCCGUCGUGUUCUCGAAUUGAUCGACUUGCACUCAAAGAUCAUUCCGCACUUCCGUCUGAUCUUCACGGACCCUGCCACUUUCAACGUUCUCCUACAUUCUGCAGCCGAGGCUCUGGAUCUGCACAACUACAAUUUCCUUCUACGUAUGAUGUUGGACAGAAAUGUGGUUCCUGACACUGCAACAUGGACGACGUUGCUCCAUCUCGUACAGAAAGUCCAUCCAAGGAGUGCCAAGCAUGUCAUCACCACAAUGCGCUCAAGAAAUAUGUUGUCCUCCCCAUCAGCCAAAAUCGCCACUGCCAAUGAGGGCUUGCAGAAAGAUGCCGUAGAGUGGUUGGGUAGAGGUGAGUCGGUCUUUGACUUCAUAGCUCAUUACGACAAGCUUUGGCUUGGGAGAGAAUGGCUGGAUACACGCGCCUGCAAUCAGCUCCUCCCUCUACUCAUCGAAUCGGGAAAGCUGGAGGAUGCAAUGAUUCUGGUUGGUGAGCUGGAAAGUCGACACGGAAGACCCAAUCAUGUCACAACACAUAUUUUGCUCGAUGCAGCAUCUGCCUAUCGCGACCUCAACUUUGCCGUUCGUGCUCUAGAAGCCACUAUGAGUCAGAGAGGGAAAGGUGCGCUAAGGCCCACUCGCGACACUUUCGACAAGCUCAUACCAUUGGCUUACCGAGUACGCGCAUACAACACACUGCGCGUGAUCUGGCGUUAUGCAUGUCUGUCUGGAAAUGCAUCACCGAAACUUGUCAGAAAAAUGCAAAAGUCACUCUUGGCUCCUAUCCCCAGCACGACACAGAGUGAGGGUCCUCUGCAUGUUGGACAAGUUGAGGUCGAAGGGAAUAUUAUCAGUCGCAAUUUGUACUUCAAGGCAAUGGCUGCAAAAGUUGCUGUUGGUAUCGAAAGAUCGCUGAGCGUUGAUUCAAUCAAGCGCCUCAUAGCGUCCGCGUCGUUCUCAGCUGAUGAAGGUUUCAGAGCGGCCGCAGAGUCAGCGACAGUGUCUGAGACCCCGGAGGUUGAGGCGACAACUUCUGCUGACUCUGCUGUCGAACGUGAAGAGCCGCUAGACACGGCGAAUCCAGAACAGCAAAACACUUCUACCGACAGCUCAUCUGUCGAAAGCACAACGACGGUCACACAAAUAGCCCCAUGGUCGGAUGCAUCAAAGGCUGAAGUCACCACAUCUUUUGUCGCUGCUGUCGAAGCCGAAAGGUCACUCGACUCAGGAUCCCCGGACCAAGAGCCUGCGCCCGUCGAAAGUCCAGCUGCCGAUGUUCCCCAAACAACCACUGAACCAGCCGCAACCAUUGAAGCACAGAAGAUCGGUUUAGAGACUUGUCCUUCUACCACUCGCCGACCAAGUAAAACCCCACUGCCACAAGCUCUUAUCUCUGAUAUCCUCGCCUAUGACACUUACAAGGCGGGCUCGCCGUUCACGACCAUGUUCCGUAAAGCUGUAGAGAGGGAUAUUGAGUGGAGGCUCAAGGGAUAUGAUAAACAUGCUCCGCUUGGUGUCUUGUUGAAAGAAGCGUUGAAUCUGAAUAUUGAUCCAAAAGGAUGA